UAAAGAGACCUGACUGAAUAAGCAGCCUGUUAUGCUUUCGAGAACUGAGGCCGUGCAGAAUGUUGGCAGCAGAUGUUGCGUUUAUAAUCUCAAAUUAUGCUGCAUGUAUCUGGAGGGCUGACUGCCCAACGUUCACCGAGGAUAAACUGCGGUGAUGUCAUAACUCCAGAUGAAUAUUUAGGUUGGGCACAUGCACACUAGGGGUCGGGCAGACAUAUUAGCUUCUGCGAAGUUAAAUUAAACGUAUCCAUUCAUGUUCUGAGCCGCUUAUCCUCACAUUCUAAUCAGUUGCGUCACUGUCCCGCCGUGACUAUUUGUUAUAGUAAUAAACAAAAAAGUGUGAAAUUCUCAUGUCUUAAAGUGAACAGAAGGUUAUAUAUACGAGUAACUAAAUAAAUCCCUUGUCCGUCUUGGUGAGGCGACGGACUACUUCCGUAAUAUGAGAAGCGCUUCCGGUUUGGAUUUCAUAAACUCUCGGAAGAAGAGCAGGAUGCUGUCCCUGACUCGGGCCGUCGUGAGCGGGGCGGCGCGUGCCCCGGCGGCGCUCAGUCACGCCGCCGUUGUGCGAUUCAACAGCACUGCGCAGAGUCCUCCAAAGAAAACCAAAUUUGGGCCACUGGCUGAUGAGGACAGAAUUUUCACCAACCUCUACGGCCGUCACGACUGGAUGUUGAAUGGUGCCUUGAAGCGUGGAGACUGGUACAAGACCAAGGAGAUUCUCCUCAAGGGAGUGGACUGGAUCCUCAACGAGAUCAAAGUGUCGGGUCUGCGCGGGAGAGGAGGCGCGGGGUUCCCCACCGGUAUGAAGUGGAGUUUCAUGAACAAGCCCAGUGACGGCAGGCCCAAAUAUCUGGUCGUGAACGCGGACGAGGGUGAGCCGGGCACGUGCAAAGACCGGGAGAUCAUGAGGAAUGACCCCCACAAGCUGGUGGAGGGCUGCCUGGUGGCCGGCAGAGCCAUGGGGGCCCGCGCCGCAUACAUCUACAUCCGGGGGGAGUUCUACAACGAGUCGUCCAACCUGCAGGUGGCCAUCCACGAGGCGUACGCGGCGGGGCUCAUCGGCAAGAACGCGUGCGGCUCGGGCUACGACUUUGACGUGUUCGUGAUGCGCGGCGCCGGCGCCUACAUCUGCGGCGAGGAGACGGCGCUCAUUGAGUCGCUCGAGGGGAAGCAGGGCAAGCCGCGGCUCAAGCCGCCAUUUCCCGCCGACGUGGGCGUGUUCGGCUGCCCGACGACGGUGGCCAACGUGGAAACGGUGGCCGUGGCGCCCACCAUCUGCCGCCGCGGGGGCACCUGGUUUCUGAGCUUCGGCCGGGAGAGGAACUCCGGCACGAAGCUCUUCAACAUCUCGGGCCACGUCAACCACCCGUGCACCGUCGAGGAGGAGAUGUCCGUCCCCCUGAAGGAGCUCAUCGAGAGGCACGCGGGCGGUGUUCGCGGCGGAUGGGACAACCUGUUGGCCGUCAUCCCCGGCGGCUCGUCCACGCCGCUCAUCCCCAAGAAGGUGUGCGAGGAAGUGCUGAUGGACUUCGACGGCCUCGUCCAGGCCCAGACGGGCCUGGGUACCGCCGCGGUCAUCGUCAUGGACAAAUCCACCGACAUCAUCAAGGCCAUCGCCCGUCUGAUCGAGUUUUACAAGCACGAGAGCUGCGGCCAGUGCACCCCUUGCAGAGAAGGGGUGGACUGGAUGAACAACAUGAUGUGGCGUUUCGUGCAAGGCGACGCGCGGCAGUCGGAGAUCGACAUGAUCUGGGAGAUCAGCAAGCAGAUCGAAGGACACACCAUCUGUGCCCUGGGAGACGGCGCCGCCUGGCCCGUGCAGGGCCUGAUCAGACACUUCAGGCCCGUGAUGGAAAGCCGAAUCGCCCAAUUCCAACAACAGAAGCAGGCCACAGCUUAAAAAUGUUCCGCUCGUUUUUCAUCCCAGCUGGCGUUACUUCGCUGCCCCAUCACUACCUGAAACGCCCGAAUGCUUGUGCUCUUUACAAAGUAUUUAAUAAAAAAAAAAAAACUUUUUUUUUGUCGUCUUGUCUGAUCGAAAUGUCAAUAAAGUCCUAUGAACCUUAAAUCCA